UGUUGCUCCAUGGCAGGGGCUAGGACUUACAGCUGGCUUGUUUAUGAUAUGGUAGAGAGGGUAAAAAUGGUCGAAGCGGAGUAGGCUAAUGGCCGUCAAAUAAUGAGUAGCCGCAAAAGGUAAGAAUGGCAUUUUCUAGCCGACCUCAAUUUGGUGAGCAAUGUGAUAGUCUACUGAAAACAAGUGAUCUUGCCUGCCUAUUAUGUCAAUGUUUUUAUUAUGAGACUGGACAUAAAUUAAACUAAAUGUAGCCUAUGUAUUUUGACGGCAAGUAUUUGAGCCAUGAAGAUAAUCUUCAACAAUAAUAACAGACAGUAAGCUAUAGUGCAGGCAAACUGUUUUCUCACAAUCGUAGUCUUAUUUUCGAUGAGUUGUGAUCUCGAGCGUUGUCGUGCAGUUGCUGUACAUAGAUUCAAAGCAGCCGCUCUAGUAAUUAGGAGUUCGGACGCAUCAAGGUGUGGUUUGGAUGAGUCUUUCUUGGCCCGGAUAUAUUUGCAUCUCCUACAGUUAAGAUUCCUAAUAUCAAAUAGAUUGACAUGCCACCUGGGUAGGCUACUAGAGUGCCAAAGCGACUAAAGUAUGACAAGAACCAAAUGUUACUGAAAAUUGAAUUGGACGAUGAUGCCGCGCGUGUCCAAAUUGCAUACACUGUACCGCCGUCUUUGAAGAGUGGCUCACACGUUGAGGCGUUAAAAUGGGAUAAAUGACAGCUAAAUUAAAUGCAUCUCAUCCUGUCAUGAAUGUGCGCCUAAAUGCGAAUUAUAGGCUAUGUUUGGACAUUUUAUAGCUGAAUUACGCACAGUCGCACUCACAAUUCGAAUUUGUCACUUACGAAAAAAGAUUGCUGUCAGAGUGCAGUAUAACUGCAGUAUGCUGCAAUCACUGCGUCCAAAAUACCACAGUUGACUGCAGUUACUGCAGUUUCAAAACGGCACUUUUUUUUGUAAGUAAUACCACUAAACAAACAAAGAUUACAGCCAGAAAUCUAAUCCGGAAAAGGUCUUGCACAGUAGGCCAUUCAUUCGAACUUUUAGACUUUCUCAAGCACAUGCAAAUAUGUGCCCGUGCCAUAUACAGUGCCUUCGGAAAGUAUCCAAAUCCCUUGAAAUUGUUACCAUACAGACUUAUUCUAAAAUUUAUUAAAUUGUUUUUUUUCCCUCAAUCUAUACACAAUACCCCAGAAUGACAAAGCAAAAACCGUUUUUUUGAAAAUGUUGCUAAUUUAAAAGAACUGAAAUUUACUUAAGUAUUCAGACCCUUUACUUAGUACUUUGUUGAAGUACCUUUGGCAGCAAUUACAGCAUCGAGUCUUCUUGGUUAUGACUACAUGCUUGGCGCACCUGUAUUUGUGGAGUUUCUCCCAUUCUUCUCUGCAGAUGCUCUGAAGCUCUGUCAGGUUGGAUGGGGAGCGUUGCUGCACAGCUAUUUUCCCACAGCAUGAUGCUGCCACCACCAUGCUUCACCGUAGGGAUGGUGCCAGGUUUCCUCCAGACGUGACGCUUGGCAUUCAGGCCAAAGAGUUGAAAUGUUAGUUUCAUCAGACCAGAGAAUCUUUGCCUUUUGGCAAACUCGAAGCGGGCCUUUUACUGAGGUGUGGCUUCCGUCUGGCAACUCAACCAUAAAGGCAUGAUUGGUGGAGUGCUGCAGACAUGGUUGUCCUUCUGGAAGGUUCUCCCAUCUCCACAUAUGAACUCUAGAGCUCUGUCAGAGUGACCAUCGGGUUCUUGGUCACCUCCCUGACCAAGGCCCUUCUCCCCGAUUGCUCAGUUUGGCCGGACGGCCAGCUCUACGUAGUCUUGGUGGUUCAAAGCUUCUUCCAUUUAAGAAUGAUGGAGGCCACUGUGUUCUUGGGGACCUUCAAUGCUGCAGACAUUUUUUGGUACCCUUCCCCAAAUCUGUGCCUUGACACAAUCCUGUCUCAGAGCUCUACAGACAAUUCCUUCGACUUCAUGGCUUGGUUUUUGCUCUGACAUGCACUGUCAACUGUGGGACCUUAAAUAGACAGGUGUGUGCCUUUCCAAAUCAUGUCCAAUCAAUUGAAUUUACCGCAGGUGGACUCCAAUCAAGUUGUAGAAACAUCUCAAGGAUGAUCAAUGGAAACAGUAUGCACCUGAGCUCAACUUCGAGUCUCAUAGCAAAGGGUCUGAAUACUUAUGUAAAUACGUUAUUUCUGUUUUUUAAGUUUAAUAAAUUAUUAAACAUUUCUAACAACCUGUUUUUGCUUUGUCAUUAUGGGGUAUUGUGUGUAGAUUGCUGAGGAUUUUUUUGUAUUUAAUCCAAGGCUGUAACGUAACAAAACACGAAAAAGUCAAGCGGUCUGAAUACUUUCCGAAGGCACUGUAUCUAUAUCCUACUCCCUUCCCCCUUCAUUAACAGACACCAAUAGUGGAAAUCUGCCCUUACUUUUAUGCAUACAGAUUACACUAGACCUUGGAAAAGUUAGUUUCGUUUUGAGGUGGUCUUAUCUUUCCUAUUUAUGAAGUGACAGCCAGAUAGUUUUUGCCACAAGCUAUGCAAAGGGUGUGUCUGAUGCUUUGCUACAAACAAGACUUGACACAACGUAGCCAGAGGACAAAUCAGGUUGCUCAUGUUUUUUCCCACCUAUUUAACAGGCAUAUUCAUUGCUGAGGAGGAGAUACACUGUGAGAUGGAAUAUAUUAGUGAGUGUCAUUCACCCUGGCAAGCUACUACUAGGGCAUUGCCUCAGCAUCUGAGCAGAGGAUGAACCGGAGGAAAGGCAGCAAGGGGGCAGGGGACUGUGACAGCCUCCAGAUGGAGAGCAAGGCCCCUGAGCAGACACCUAACAUGGGGCAGAAGAAUGGAGAGAUCAUGGACUCUGAAGAGGUGGAGAAUGGCAAGUCUGAACCCAUAGUCCCUGUGGCCAUGGAUGGGGCCGUCACUGCACCUGAUGGGGGUUGGGGCUGGGUGGUGUUGGUGGCCACCAUCCUGGUGCUAGCCCUGACUCUGGGCUUCCCCUCCUGCAUGGGAAUUUUCUACACGGACCUACAGAUGGAGUUCCAGGCCAGCAACCAAGAGACUUCCUGGGUGCCUUCAAUAAUGACAUCAGUGCUUCAUGCUGGAGGUAUGGUAGUAGUCACAUCCUAGUUUCCAUAGAUUCACCUUCUGAUUUUAAGUAGGGUUUUUUCAGGGUUCUUUUUGCAGUGACACAUUCAUAUAUGCUUGUGGGGAAAUGUGCUCAAAGAGAGUUCAUUGAUCACUGACAGUCUAGUACAGUACAAGACUUCCUUACUUUUUAAAACACUUAAAGCAUAUCUUCUAACCCACUCAGCCUGUCAUGAUCAUUCACUGUGCAAACAUUUGAUUUACAGUGCAGAGGUUUGCUGUCUCAUAGUGACUGGUCAGAUCAGACAGACACAAAACCCAUGGAAAGGGCAUACAUUAUGAGUGUCAACAUAUCUCCUGUUUGUUUAUUUGAUAAGGGAGAUUUCAAGGAUGGUCACUCUCCCUUACACACACUAACGCUGUGUAGCACCACAUGAGCUGCCUUCCUUUAGUCAGCCACUCACAAGGGGUCUGUUUCUAUUUGGGUUUCAAGCCCUAAACAUCUGGAAAAGUUGUGUAUGUGUGUCCACUGCCUCAAAGCAACGACAACACAAAAUCACCAGAACUGAAUUAAGAUGAGUCAAAAGCUAAACUGAGCAAUCAGUAAGCUGGUACAUUACUUAUUUCAUUGACCUUGCAGUAUCAGGUUGUACUUGCCAGCUACCUUACAGUUUUUACUACUUGUUGCACUUAAGUUCCCUUUGGUGCACCACUUGGCUCCACUAAGUAUGACAAUUGAGUGCUUUUUCCACCACUUUAAUUAAGUACAUUUAAAACCUUUUACUCAAGUAUUAUUUUACUGGGUCACUUUUACUUGAGUCAUUUUCUAUUAAGGUAUCUUUGCUUUUACGCAAGUAUGACAAUGUUGUACUUUUUCCACCACUGGUGUAGUGGAGGGUAUACGCAGGUAUACGCCAUAUACCCACUUUUUCUGUGGGCAUUGCGUAUACUCACUUCUUAAUCCCCAUGAUGCGUAUCAAAGUAGUGUAGUGAGGUAUAUGCCGUAUCAAUAAAAAAUGUUUAGAAUGUUUAGCAUUUUAAACGCAACAAUGUGCACAUGGCAGUAGGCAGUAGGCAGUAGGCCGAUGUGCAAAUGUUCCAAAAUGCAAUUUGCGGGAAAACAUAGUUCUAAAAUAAUCACCGCUCAUGCAAGCGGUUUCAUGGAAAGAGAUGGAAAUAUCUGUUAGACAUUUUUAAAGAGGUGAGAUCAAAAGAUGCAACAACUAUAAUGCUAGUAUGACUAGGAUAAUGCCUUUGGCUGAUGGACAAUGAAUGAAAGUUGAGUUGAAAACCAAUAGAACAGGAGAGCGCAUAUGAGGAAGUCUUUAUAAAAUAAUUGCCUCCACGUUUCUAUGGUGGGAUUUUGGCUAUAGGAUACUUUGAUGCUAGCUAACGCAUGCCUAAUAAUAAGUCAAAUGUACAGGUUUCAAACAAUUUAAGGAACAGGAAAAAUAUAGCGGUGCUAAUAAUAGGCCUAACCGUCUUCUGGUAGAUGGAAAGGCUUUCCCAUAAAUGUUCUCAAUUAAAUGUUAACUAGCUACAAAGUAGCCUACACUCUUAGUAAAAAAGGUUAUAUUGCUUGCUUCAUAUAUGGCACCCCUAAAAUUUCAAUAUAGAACCCUUUUGUAGGGUUCUUUGAUCAUAACCACAGGGGUUCUUCUUCACUGAACCACAAUUUCUGUUCUACUGUAUAUAGAACCUUAAGGAGUGCCAUAUAUGAAGCAAGCAUAGAACCCUUUUUGGUUCUAUCCAGAAGCUUUUCUUCUAAGAGUGUAUGCCUACCUGGCAGAAUGAUAUCAUGAUUAUUUGCAUCAAUACAGUGGCCAUUUGUUUUCCAAACUCCAUCUCAUGUGUGCUACAGAAACCCACUAACCAAACAACAGUGCUAGGUGCCGACACAGUUGAAUUAAAGGGUAACUACACUCAAAUUUAUAAUUUAUUAGAUUUUCCCCAGACUUCAAAAGUGGUCUCCUGAUGUGGUUUAAGCAUUGUUGUGGACUUAGAACUUCCAAUUUUAAAAAGUGUGACUUUGAGAGUGAAAACCUGAAGAAGAAACAUGUCUGACUCAGUCUCAUUUAUCUGUUUCAAUAGUAGGCCUACUAUUAGCCUACUGCACAGUACAGCUUGGGUUGGCCUGACUGUAGAAGACCAAUAUGGGAUUUAUCAUUUUAGGUCAUUCAGAGUGUAUGUCACUGUUUGUCAUAGAACUUUUCACACAGGGCGCCAUUCCUUCGCCGGGUGGGCCGUUUGGGAAAUUGUGGGCAAAAUUAGAGUAUACCCACUUCUCCAUGCACCACUACACCACUGCUUACUGGGCAUCUUACUGAGAACUCCAUAUUGGUGCCAAUGCUCCAAUGCAAUGAAAACUGAAUAUAGACAAGGAGCCAAUGAGAGACAUGGUUGUUUUUAAUGUUGAGUCUGGUGCACCCACUGCAAUGAUUGCUUCUGCAGAUUUCCUUCUAGUAAGCCAAACAAUAACAAUAGGAGAGGCUAAAAUAAAAAGUGUGUGUGGGGCGGGUUCUCGCAGAGCAUUGAACCUUCUGUUUUCGCUCAACAGCAGUUAUAUGAUCCUGGCCAUGAAACACAACCCAAACGUUGUUCAGUUUACAACAAGUCAUUGUAUCUCUUUAGGGUUGUGCUUGGGGUCCCAUCUGGUGCAAAAGGCCCUGGACAAACCACCACUUUGUUUAAUAUAAAUAUAGCCAUAGAGGGCAGUUAUGCAAAGAUUGUUGGAUUAGGGAAAUUCCCUUGUACCUAAGGCUCUAAAUUUUACUGUACUUUCUAUGAGGUCUUUGUGUGUUUAACCAAUAGCAUGUCUCCUCCUUUAGGUCCAUUCUGCAGUGUAUUGGUGGAGAGGUUUGGUUGCCGGACGACGGUGAUGCUGGGCGGGGUCUUGAGUGGGCUUGGAAUGGCGGCCAGCUCGUUUACCCACACCAUCACUGAGCUCUACGUCACAGCUGGGGUUAUCACAGGUCACUACCCUCCCACAUACACACACAUGGAGUCACUCCACAUAGCAGUUAACAUCUAACCACAGAUCUAGAAUCAGAUAACCCUACAUCCCAAUCCUUACCAUUAUUAAGGAAGGUGAAAAAAAUGUGGCCCUGUAUUAGUGGUUAGGGGCAACCUCUACCAACUCCCAUGCAUUCAGCCAUGUGCCUUAUUCAUUGUCUUCUCGUUUGACAGGACUUGGAUUCUGCUUCAGCUUCCAGCCCGCAGUGACCAUUCUCGGGCACUAUUUUGUGCGGCGGCGGGCUUUCGCCAACGCAGUGUCGUCCUCGGGCACUGCCCUGGGCUUGUGCACCCUGCCUCUCCUGGGCAACUACCUCCACACUGAGCUGGGCUGGCGGGGGAGCUUUCUGGUGCUGGGGGCCGUCCUGCUCAACUGCUGCGUGUGCGGAGCUGUGAUGAGGCCCCUAUGGGGCCGCAGACACCGUGGCCAGCCCCUGAUGAACCACAGGCCUCUUCAGCCGGAGGAGGAGAAGCCAACGGGGAGGAUGAGGGCCUUGUGGGCCGGUCUGACGUCCGCCCUGCACCAUCACAUGGCAUUUGACCUCUUACGUAACAACCUGCGGUACCGUGUGUACGCUGUGGGCAUCACCUGGAUGAUGCUUGGCUUCGUGGUGCCGCUGAUCUACCUGGUGCCCUACGCCACGGCCCACGACAUGGAGCAGAGCCGGGCCGCCCUCCUCCUCUCCAUCCUGGGUAUCGUCAACAUCGUGGUGCGGCCGCCCAUUGGCCUGCUCUUCAGCCUACCCUGGUUCAAGGGGCGCCACAUCUACGUGUUCUCUGCUGCUCUGCUGAUGAAUGGGCUGAGUAAUAGUAUCUGCUGUAUCGAUGCCAGCUUCUCCGUGCUGUUGGUGUAUGUGGUGACCUACGGCCUGUCCAUGAGCGUGGUGGGUUCGCUGAUGUUCACCGUCCUCAUGGAUACGUUGGACAUGAGUCGCUUCCCAGCUGCCCUGGGCCUGCUCGCCAUCAUGGAGAGUGUCACGCUGCUGAUCGGGCCCCCGCUCGCAGGUACCGAACUCCCUGCGGGGGAGGAUGUGUGUGUGUGUGUGUGCUGUAGCGUAACUUGAAGGAGUGCUAGGCAUAUCACAAGCUGUGGUCAGAGGCAAGCAGCAUAUCCUGUUGCUUGGAUCGCACUGACAUCUAACCAAUCGUGUGUCCAAGGGAAACCAGGCUGUGUGUGUGUGUGUACAUGAAUAUGUGCGUCCCUCGGUGCUCGUGCCUGUUUGUGCAUGUUGCAGGGUGGUCUUAGAAUAAAUAGCAGACAGACUUGAAUAAGAAUGGAAUGUUCAGCUCCCUCUUUCCUGGGGGGAGGGGCCAUUCCAGCGCAAAUGUCAGGUAUGCAACCUACUUCUGUCUGACUGCUUAUGUGGUUGGCUGAGUUUCACUGUGCAAUGGUAGAAUCAAAGACGGCACAGUAUGAAGAUAGGCAGAAACUGCUUCUCCAAUAGAAAUCCCGAUGUCAUGGCGACGUUGGCUAGCUAAGCUCAUGCGCAGAAACACGUCAUCUGGUCUAACGGUCGUCUCGCGCCGUCAAAAUCAAAGGCACACCUUCGAUAUAAAGUUGUUUAUGACGAAAAUGGAAACGUGUCAGUUUGUCACUUUCACCAGGUUGGAGUAAUAACAUGUUCAACUGCUUAAGACAUUGGCUGUAAUCUAGGUUGUGCUUUAGAUUUCGAGAAAAUAAACAACUAAGGAAGAAUGUUUCACUUCUCUCAUUGACUUCUCAAACCCCAAACCCUGGCCUGGUCUGCUUGGUCUGCUUCGCAAGCGUUUCUGGAAGUCUUGCGAUGUUGUGCCUCUGGGUUUAGGAACCUCUGUGGUAAUGCUCUGUUAUUGGUGUAGUUAUCCUCUUAUGUCAUCAUGAUCAGCCUUUCAUGCGCUGCUGGGGCUUUACUAAUGCUGAUUGGCUCCUGUUAUUGUUGUUGUUGACCACGUUUGUUGUUACAGGAAUCAUGGUGGACAGAACUGGGGAGUAUUUUUACGUCUUCUUCGCCUGCAGUGCUACUGUUGCCUCAUCAGCUGUAUUCCUCAUGGUGUCUUUCUACUGGCUGGAUAGAAGGGUGCUAAAGGGGCAGCAGGUGCCACCUCAGGUUUCCCCACCAAAGCCUGCCAGUGUUAACAACGUGGUCUCCCAGUGCCAAUACAGCAGUGUGCCCACAAAGGGGGACAAAGACAAGGCCUCAGACUCUGAGACGGGGGAUGCCGCCCGCCUGUGAACAGCGUCACUGUCCAAAUACAUACACCAAACUCACAGAUGUAUACUUCCCACGAUUCUGUGAUUGUAUAUCAUGUGCUGCUGAUCUUAAAGUACAAGUGUAUGAUACUGUUAUUGGUGAUCAAAUGCAGUACUUUUUCACACAUGCCAUAAUCCAUAAACUUGUGCCUUUUCCUCACACCCUGUUACACAUUCAUCAAUGUCAUGUUCAAGAAGACAUGCCACCUUAGGAAUCCCUCUCCACCCUUCAACAAGCAAGACUGUGCAAAAAAUAGAUGUGCCUUGUACAUGGAAUCAAUCAAAAUAAACAUUUAGUAUCUGUAGGCCUAUUCAAUUUCCUAUACAUACUACACCAGAAGAAACCUCAACUGAAUGAUGAGUACUGUAAGCCUACCAGUUUAUUAAGACUGAUAUCAUUGAUUGAGCAUAUCAACGUCAAGUUCUUAAUCUCAAGAAAUCUUUGAUUUUUUGGGCCUAAACACAUUUGUUUAUGAUUCUGUUCAUGUCUUGUUGAUAUGUUCAACGAUCAGUAGCUUACUGGUAUGACUGAGAAUGUAUUGUGUAAAAAUGCAGGAGUCACUAGGACAUGGGUGCUUUUCAUUGUCAAAGACUGAAGCAAGUACUGUAGGUGUUGGAGAUUUAUGUUACUUCUCAACCUACUCGUAUUUCAGGUAUCAUCAAGAAGAGAUUACUCUAAGGAACAUAGUCACAUAUGUGGCAGCAUACUUUUUAGGCUAUGGCCAGGGGCGGACUGGGACCAAAAAUCAGCCCUGGCAUUUCUAACACACCAGACCAUUUUUUCCCCCUUGAGGCCCCCCAAUUUCUACUCCAGGUCCCCACACAGGCCCAUUUUUUUCUUUGAGGCCCCAAGGGGCCAAAUAAUUAUAAUUUUGCAACAUCAAAAAGUUAGGCAAAAAAUUGACCAACCCAUCUGCUAUUUGCCCGAAAUGCCAGAUGCCCAGUCUGCCGCUGGCUAUGGCUCCCUUGUCAUGGAACAAUUCAUAGGUAUUUUCAUAGAAAUGACUAUUGUUUCUUGCACUGGUACC